GAGCUCCAGGGGGAUUGGCUAGAACGGUCGGGACGGUGGCUGCGGCUCGCGGAGAGAGGCUGCGUAGGCUCGGCGGCUGUGGGAAAGAGAGCAGGCCACCCGAGCCAGCCCGCAGCGCCUCUCGGAUGGAGGUCCUUGACGAGUUCGACAGCGAGUUCUCCCAGAGCGUGACCUUCUGCCAGCUCAUCUCCGAGGAGGACUUCGAGAGGCAGGCGGCCACCUACACGGAGCGCGCGCUGCGCCGCCUCUUUCGCAGCAUCGACCGCAACCCCGCGCUGGCCGAGAGGGUGGUGCGCAAGGGCAAGCUGGCCGAGUACGAGGGGCGCGGGCUCCUCUCCUUCCUCUGGGCGAAGUUUUUCUGUGCAGUCCAGGGGGAGCUGAAUUGUUGCAACAGCAUGGGUGCCCUGGAAAUGCACCAGCGCCUGGAACAGCUGAAGAGGAGCAUCCACCGCGUGCACCUCUACUCCCAGGAUGCCAAGAAGAAGAGAAGAAAGCCAAAACUGAAGAAACCAGAACCCAUCUUUUUGCAAGACCGGUCCACCUCCCCAUGCCUGCCACCAACCGUGCUGCCACCUCCACCACUGCCAUCCACUGCUACUACUGUGGCCUCCAUGGUGGCCUCAUCACCCUCUGUCUACACUAUGCCUAGGGUCUUUGGCCCCUUCCCUCCUCUGCCCAGCAAGUCGAUAGAGAAGUUGGAAGUUACAAGGUCUGAAGUGAAAUUAAACUGGGCUGGCCUGUCAUCGAACCCAAAGAGCCACAUGGUUGAUCUGACCCCCUUGGUCCUCAACCCCAGAGGCUUCCAUUUCUCGUACUUGGCUGGAAACAGUGCACAUCAGCUUCAUUGCCCUGGCUACCCCUGGACCUUGGCCUGUAGUGGCUCCCCCAACACCAAGGAGACACCAUCCCCUCCUGUGAAGACUUCCAUCUUCACCCCGCCUGUCUUGCUCAAGUUCCAGCCUGUGCCAAGACCCAAAGAUGACUCUGAGAAUGACCCUAGCAGCACGGAGUCUGUGCCCCACAAGAGGGGUCCGUAAUCUCUUUCCUACAGACCACGGCUAGAUCAAUGAAUAAAGUUCCCAUGGAGGUGCUUUACUUGUG